UAUUAUUGCUGUUCUUUCAAUUGGGAAAAAUAAAAAUAAAAAAAAAAAGAAUAGUUGUUUGGCUAUUACAUAACAACUUUUCAAAUGAAUCCAAAAAACUCUUCAGAUAUACCAACUAUCAAUGGUAAUGUAUCCUCAACUGUUUGGAGACCAGUUCCUCCAAGUGUCACUAUCUUAAAUGAAUCAACUCCUCUUCUAUCUCAACAACAACGUACUAUCUCAUUAUCUAAUGAUACUUUACAAAGACGAAAGGAACGACUUGGUGUUAUUCUUUUGGGUCUUUCUGCAUUGUCUUUUACUGCCAUGUCUGCUUGUGUCAAACUAUCUAGUGAAAAAUCAUUUGGUUCUUUUGAAAUUGUAUUUGCAAGAUCUAUUGUACAACUAUUCUUAUCUUUGGUGACAUGUGGUAUAGGGAAGAUCAAUCCUUUGGGUAAUAUUGGUAUUCGUCGUUGGUUAUUAUUUCGUGCACUUGUCAUGUCUAUUGGUCUUUCUCUCUUUUUUUAUAGUUUGACAACUUUACCCUUAUUGGAUGCUACAGUUUUAUUCAGUUUAGGACCUGUAUUUACUUCUAUUAUUGCAUCCAUUGCCCUUGAUGAACGAUUUACCAGUUUGGAUACUCUAUGUUCUAUAUCAUGUCUUGUUGGUGUGGUAUUUGUGACAAAGCCAGGAUUAUUCUUUACUUUCAACUUGGUCCCAGAAAAAACAUCUCAUUUUGGUAUUGAAUGUGCUCUUCUUGGUGCUAUCAUGUCUGCCAUGUCCUACAUCACUGUUCGUAAGGUAGGGAAAAACAUUCAUUUUUUGGUCCAUUCGGUUUAUUUUGGUGCCAUAUCAACAUUCAUCAGUCCUCCAGGUUUAUUUCUUUUCCAAAAACUAUAUCUUCCUUCCGAUUGGAUUCCUGUUGCUUACUUGUUAUUAGUCGGUGUCUUUGCAUUUAUUGGACAAUGCUUAUUAAAUAAAGGGCUCAAAUUGGCACCUACUGGGAUUGGUAUCUUCACUUGUGGCUCCGACAUUCUCUUUGCAUGGAUGGCAGGGUCCUUCUUUUUCCAGGAAUAUUCAGAUAGUCAUACGAUCUUCGGCUCCUUUAUCAUCAUGACAAUGACUACUCUACUAGGAUUACAAAAGUUGAAACAUCGGACGAAUCGGGUAGUAACCAAUCAAGCAGCAAGGAAACGACAAUCUCGUGAAAGAUUACCCACAUCAAUGACCACUUCAUAAAUAAUACCCCUCUCUUUUAUAUACUGUUAUUAUACAUAGUUGUUUUUAUUUUCCCUUAUUCCCCAUUUUGCAUUCUUUAAAUAAAGUGAUCUUUGUUAU